AUUUGGUGUAAUUGUUGUUGAACAAGUCACCUUUAAUAACUGCCAAUUAAAAGCUAAAAUUCUGUGGUUUUCCUGUAUAAUCAAUCUGUUUUAACAAGUGCAUUAUUUAAACUAAUGUUUUGUGUGCCCAGAAAGUUAUUAAUAUCAUUUUAUGGAGCUAAAUUAACGUUUUCUAGUGUGAUUGUGAAUACCUAGUUAAUAGAACUUGCCACGUGAGUACAAAAACGUAUGUUUACAUUGAUUUUAGUCGUUUCAUUCCACCACGGUUAAUAGUUUAUUUACUAAACUCAAUAUUUAAAUUGGAUUUUAUAUAUAAAUUCGAUUUUAAACAGAAAAUAAGAGUAAUAUACAUAAAUAUGAACCAACUCUCAAAUAUAGAAUUAUUCGAAAAACUAGAAGCGCUGAUGAAUAAAAAUACCUUUGAAAUAAAAGAAGAUAUUAAAAACAUUACUGAAACGCUUAGUAAUAAUAUUAAAGUAAUUGAAGACCAUAACCUGGAACUAGAGAAGAAAGUUAUUUAUAUAGAAAGACGUACCAAAAAAAAUAACAUAGUUAUAUUUGGACUCCAGGCAAAUACAAAUAAUUUGCUAAUAACAGCAAUACAAAAGCUAAAUGAUAUUUUUAACAGUGGAUUAGAAGAAAGAGACAUCAAUAAUAUUUAUUUUAUCGGGAAAAAAGGAACUGUUAUUCUAGAAUUCGUGUCGUUUUUACGGAAACAAAAAAUUGUAAAAGAAUUAAAGAAACUAAAAGGUACAGGAAUUAUAAUUACAAAUGAUUUAAGACCAGAAGAUCAAGCAACUAACAAAAUACUAGUGCAACAUUUAAAAAAAGCAAGAAGCAAAAACCUAAAAGCCUACAUAAAAAAUUAUAAACUUUACGUAAACGAAGAAUCAUUCACAAUUGAACAAUUAGAAAACAAUACUGUCUCUGAAUCUGAACCUGAAUCCGAGUCUGAAUUAGACGUACCCAAAAAAGCAAGCAGUACUCCCCCUACGCCCACAGUGACAUCCAAACUAGAUAAAGAAGAAGAAGAAGAAGAAGAAGAAGAAGAAGAAGAAGAAGAAGAAGAAGAAGAAGAAGAAGAAGAAGAAGAAGAAGAAGAAAACAAUAAAGUUCUAACAGAAGUGGCAAAAACUACACCAUCGGCUCAAGACACUACUAGCAACCAAAUUCAAGAAAAAACUGGAAUAAAAACUCAACAGAAAAUAUCAAAAAACACAGGAGCUGUUUCUAAGCUCCCUGGAAAUACUACUCCAAAUCAAAUACCUCAUAUACAUACAAGAGAUAUAAGAGUUACUAGAAAAAAAUCAGCAAAUAAAUAAGAAACAUUUUAGCUUGCAUUUUAGUGAUAUAAGUCUUAAAUUAGUUAUUUUUGGUAUAAGUUAAAGAUUUUAUAUAGUUUAUAUCUUUUAAAAGAUUUAAGGUUCUGAGUUCGUGUUAUGUCCAAUUUUUUAAAUUGAAAUGAAACAAAAAAUAUAAUUUAGUUAAUAAGAGAUUGUUUGUUUUUGGUAAGGAGCCAAAAUUUAAUUUUUGUUUUUAUUUUUUAUAGUUAAAUAUUAGGAAAAUUUGAAAUUUUACUACUUUCUCCGUUGAUAAAAUUAUUAUACAAAUUUAUUUAUAUAUAGAUUAUAAGGUAGUCAAAAAGAAAUAGUAUCAAUGUCAUUGAAGGUAGCUCAUCUUAAUACACGAUCUCUGGUUCCACAUUUCAAUGAUUUUCGAUACUUAAUACAAAAUGAAGAUUUUGAGGUUAUUGGAGUUACUGAGACGUGGUUGAGGAGAGACAUCAGCAGUGAUAUUGUAAGGUUAGGUGAUUACUCCUUAGUUCGAAAAGACCGUGAUUCAAAACGUGGUGGAGGUGUAGGUAUGUACAUUAAAAACAAAUUAAAUUAUAAAAUCUUACUAAGCGAAUGCUUUGAAUAUAUGGAAUAUUUAUGGAUAGAAAUUACUUUUUGUGGGCAUCAGUUAGCUAUUGGAACUUUCUACAGACCACCUAAAACAGAUAAAAAUGCCUUUUUUCAAAUUUUUGAGGAUCUUUUGUGUGAUAUGUAUGCAAAAUAUGACCACAUCAUAUGUGUAGGCGACUUUAAUUUCGAUUUUUUAGACAUUGAAUUACCAGAAUGUAAUCGUUUAAGUACAAUUUUUGACAUUUUUAACUGCCAUCAACUUGUAGGUGAUCCUACCUGUUUUUCACCCACCCGAAGCUCACUUCUCGAUUUGUUUAUAACUAAUUAUGAAUUGAAAAAAUGCCACAUAAAAGUAACUCAAACUCAUUUUACGAAUCAUUCACUAAUAUCAUGCAAACUUGAUUUUGCAAAAACGAAAAUAUCAAAUCAUAAUAAAAUAUCCUAUAGGGAUAUAAAAUCUAUAAAUUUAGAACAUCUGCAGGACAAUAUAAAUUUAUUGUCAUGGGAUAAUAUAUUUACCACUAAUGACAUCGAUAAAAAAGUUGAGAUACUAAAUAAAAAUAUUUUGGAAUUACUUGAUAUUCAUGCUCCUGUCAAAACUAUUCGCAUAGGUAAAAAACCAUAUGCGCCAUGGAUUACUGAAAACAUAAAAUUCAUGCAAAAUCUAAGAGACAAAGCAUUAAGAAAAUUCAAAACUUAUAGUACUCCAGCUAAUUGGUCUUAUUACAAACAACUUAGAAACUUUACAACUAAUGCAAUAAAAAAUGAAAAAAAGGCAUAUCUCCGAAAUAAAUUUGCAAAUUCAAAUACUAAACAAAGUUGGAA